AGUCUUUUCAGUUUCGAUCGCGAAGACAAUGAUUAAAGAUCAUUUCUCUACAGAGUUCUCAUUUUGUUAUCUCUGAGUUUCUAGAAAUAUCUUUAGAACCAUUUAUUGUGAAAAGUAUUUGGGUAUUAUCACAAGAAAAUUACCAAAGUUUUUUUAUUUAAAUUUUCUCGAGAAAAAAUGGGUGUUGAAUUGAAUAUAUCAUAUGUAUCGGUGGAAUUUGAAGUAUUUGGACAUGUUCAAGGGUGUGGAUUCACAAAACAUUGCCGUGACAUGUGUGUUAAACGGAAAAUUGGUGGAUGGGUUAAAAAUUCAAAAUCAGGCACAAUUCUUGGAAAAAUGCAGGGCAAGAAGGAAUAUAUCGAUGAAUUGACACACUGGUUGACAAACACAGGAUCACCCGGUUGCAAAAUAGAAAAAUGCGAAUUUAAGAACUGGCUCACCGUUCUACGACCCGACUACAAAGACUUUCAAAUUAGAUUCUGAAAAUCUAACAUAUCCUAGCUAAAUACUUUUUAUUUUAUCAAAAUAAAUAAAUAUUGUAUUCUAUUUAUAGCUGCAGCGGGGCCAAAAAUACUGCACACCCUGCACAUGCAAAAAAAAUGAUUGUGUACCACAAAAAGCUAACCUCUCAUCCCGCUUUCUCAUAUAUAUUGUAAUUAAAUGGUAUAAUAAAUGUAAUGAAAGUAGUGAGAACUUACUCAGAAAGGUGGAAAAUGCAAGAAGUGUCGCUAAAUAAAGGUAUUUCACAAAAUAUUAUUCCAUUAA